GUGGUUUGGGAACGUGCACCGUGGAGUGUAAAUAGAACUGUGCGUGUUGACGUACAAGCUGGGAAAACUACGUGAAACUGGCAACGGGUAAAACUUCCAGGAGGCUGAGAGACUAGCAGAAGGGUGCAAGAGGAAGAAGCCAAGCCCCCCUGAACAAGCAGAAGUCCAGGCCCCGUCGGGGAAUGUCUGCACCCAACAUAACCAGGGACCCCUCUGACAUGGCUAAACUCCUUCACCUCAUCUUCCUCUCCACGUUCUGGGGCAUGCAGAUAUGGGUCACUUUCAUAGCAGGGUUUGUGAUGGAUAACAACCUGUCCAGGCACACCUUUGGCUUCAUACAGAGCAGACUGUUCCCUUUCUACUUCCACAUUGGCUCUGCGUGCGCCUUCUUCAACUUGACCAUCUUUGCCAUGUAUCACCCCAGCGACCUUCUCAGCGAGGAGGACACCUUCCAGAUCUUCAUCUUCUUUGUGUGCGUCACGGUAGCUGCGGUCAACGCCCAGUGGUUCGGUCAGAUGACCUCGGAGAUCAUGGCUGACAUGCAUCUGAUUGAGCAGGGCUGCGGGCUGGGUCAUGACAUCGGCCUGUCCUCAAACCAAGAGGCCUACGCCAAGCUCAGCGAGGCGGACCCCAAAUACAAAAAGCUGGCCAGCAAGCUGACCCUGUACCACAGCCUCUCCUCCCUCUGCAACCUCUGCUGCAUCCUCUGCAACGGCACCAGUCUCUACUACCUGGCUGCUAACAUGUCCACGCUGUAAUGCAGAGCCGCCUGUCUUUUAACAGAUUUGUGGCAGCUGAGAGACACCAAUGAAAUCUGAAUCGUCCACCAAAGUUUUUUGUUUGUAUGCUGUAUAGUUUAAAGAUGAACCAGGUGUGUGUCGCCCACUGCAAGUGUGCAGUAAAUGUGCUACUUUACAGAAGUUCCGUUUCACAUACCGAAGAAAGCACUGACAAAUAUCAUCCUGCUGUUUCAUUUCUUACCUGUGUACAGCAUCCUGUUGUGUGUGUGUGCUUCUCUGUUGUUGCUUCUUUAGAUCGUUGUUUACCACUUCCACCAUCACAACUCCUAGCUCAGGGACAUGCAGUGUAGACAGUGGAUAUGAACAGUAGCAUGCGGUGGCUAUGCCAGUGAGACAUCGGUCUGUAACUUCACAAAAAGCAUGGGGACAGCACUCUAAGCUCUUUGUAUGACUGGGCAGCAGUGUGGAGUAGUGGUUAGGGCUCUGGACUCUUGACCGGAGGGUUGUGGGUUCAAUCCCCAGU